CGUAGAAGGUUUCCUAUAGGUUAAAACAGGCAGUGUGUGUUACAAUGAGGAAAAGGGAGUCGCGAAAUAAAAUGAAUGUGUAAAUAAAGUCAAUCUGAUUUCGUGGAGACAUGAGGUUUACUGUGUACGCGUUUUUCGGCUUUGCUCUUGGGGUUUUGCUCGUGGGGUUGCGGGAACUGUUGUUUGGUUUCGAGGAGAACAGAUGUAGCAUGACAUACAUGUUCGAGUACCCAGAAUACCGACGCGUGCCGCUUCCGCGCCGUGUCGCGCGCCAGUAUCCAUCAUACGGACUGUAUCUUUAUGGAGAGGGCGCAUAUGCUCUGGAGACCAAAGGACUCAAACUUACUGGCGCUCCUGUUCUUUUCCUGCCUGGCAAUGCAGGGAGCUACAAGCAAGCACGUUCUCUGGGUUCUGUGGCAUUAAGAAAGGCUGAGGACUUGGAGGGACCGAUCCACAUGAACGUCUUCACCAUUGAUUUUAAUGAGGAGUUGGUGGCUCUGUACGGGGGCAGCUUACGCAGACAGACUCACUUUCUUCAUGAAAGCAUUAAAGCCAUCUUGCGCCUUUACAAGGACCAGCCUGACCCCCCAACAAGUGUGGUUUUGGUUGGUCACUCCAUGGGUGGGAUUGUAGCGAGAGCAUUGUUCACCCUGCCACGCUUCAACCCACAACUGGUCAGCCUUAUUAUCACCCAGGCUUCACCUCAUCAGGCACCUGUGUUGUCUCUGGAUCCUUAUAUACUGGAGUUUUAUUCUAGUGUCAGUAAGCGCUGGGCCACAGGUGCUGAAGAAUUUCGGAAUGUAACUGUUCUGUCUGUUGGUGGGGGUUAUCGUGACUACCAGGUACGCUCAGGUUUGACUGCGCUAUCCUGCCCCAUUGAUGACCUCAAUAAAAAGUCUCUAGUGGUGACUGCAGUUCCUAGGACCUGGGUUUCCACAGAUCAUCUCUCCAUUGUAUGGUGCAAAGAGCUGGUUCUUGCCACGGUCAGGUCAUUCUUUGAUCUUAUUGAACCAGAAACAGGACGGUUUACAGAGAAUCCACAGAAGCGAAUGUCCGUGCUAAACUAUCACUUCAUUAGACACCCGGUACAGCAGCCUGGCGAAAGACAACAAGCUCCUGUCACUUUCUCAGCUCCUCCAGAGGCAUGGAAGGAGGUCAACACGCUCCGUCUGUUUUAUAGUGCUCCCAAGGAAGCUCAAGCAAAGUACUUCAUGUUUGCUCUUUCCAGUCGAAGGAAAGCUUACAGUCAUUUUCACUGCCGCAGUAAUAAUCUGGAAAUGUCCAGUUGGCUGUACGGCUGCACCCACAUUAGUGGCUCAAGUUGUGUGCGGGCAGUAGAUUUGUCAUCCGGGACAGAACUUAUUCCAGCCUAUAAGGCUAUUACAGUGAAAAUCAGUGCACUCUCUCAUAUCUCUCAUCUCAUCAUUGAUGCCUCUAACCUCAAUGGAGAGCAGUUUGUAGUGGAGUGUGAGCUGCAGAGAGAAGAGAGCUUUACUGUGUCGGUGCAGCUGCCCCAUGUGCUGUCCUUUGGUUUGACUGUCAGUGACAUUAGCAUUAACUCAUCUGGACUACUCCAUACACUGCAGCUACAAGACUUUCAUCAGGUUUAUCAGGCAUUCAGAAUCACAGUCAUGAGUCACUGCAAGUCAACUAAAGACAGACUGCCAAGCGUGUACAGGUUGAAGGUGCCUUGGUUUCGUGAAGAUUCCUUUACCACAGCAAGUAUUCCAUCGGUAUCUGAGAUCUACGGUAUGCUUCACACCAGCCGCCCAGACAGCAACUCCAGUGCCGUUCUGCAGCUCCACACUGCCCCCAACUGCCAGUAUAAGGUUUCUAUUAGGACUUCUGUUCCCAAAGUGCUUGGGCAGAUCCUGCGUUUCUGUGGCCCGACGCUCCCUGUAUAUACAGCUAUAGCACUUCUCCUCAUGAUCAGGGCUCAGCUGAGCUCUUUGAAAAGAUCAGGACAUCCAGUUGGAAUGCAAGAGGCGAUGAGUAAAUCAUUACAGCUCCACAUACUGGAACUGCCUGUUUUACUGUUGAUACUGCUACUCAGACAAAGUUGGUGUCAGGAUGUCUGGUCCUCAUUGGGUCUCCCACUAGUGGAUACUCUUCCGAUAUACCCUAUAGAGGACUUAUCUCAAGAUUCAAAUCCACUUGCACAGGAAUGGCCCCGGCUGGUGUCCCCGCUGCUCUGUGUGCUGGGUGCAGUCAUUGCAUUCUGGGGAAGCACGGUCCUUAGAGUUUUUGUCCGUUUCCUGUCCUUUGUGCUUGCUCCACUGCACAGACCUUCAGUGUCUCGGGACUGUGGCACCUUUCGUCUUCGCACUCAAAUUCUUCUGAUGGUGUCUUUGAGUGCGCUGGGUGGCGUCACUUGUGGAGCUUUGGCUCUAUUGGUCUCCACUCUCCUACAUCUCUAUAGGGUGCUUAGAUUACAGAUGACAGAGAGAUCGCUGAGCCAUGUACUGAAUCUGGCCCCUCAGAAGGCAUCACAAAACUCAGAGAAUGGUUUUAAUGGUGCCGAUUGUCACAGUAAAAAUAAAGAAUGUAAUGGCACACAACUACUGUCAGAAUCCAUGCUGGAAGAUGUAAGAGAUGAUUUGGAGCUUCACCUUAGCCUGUCAACACUGCUGACCCUUCCCAUGAUGCUCAGCGCACCUUCCCUUAUCCAUUGGAAUCGCAAUCUUAGAUAUUGGAUCCAUCUGGAUCCUGACCCCUGCUGGCCUCACACGCUCCCCCUGCUCAUCAGCACUAUUUUGCUGGUCAACUGUAACACACAAACACUCAUCCGGAGCAGACUGAUGCUGAAGCUGAUGGUCCGUCUGCUGCUUCCGCUUUGUGUGGGCAUGCUGGCUUUCUGCCCUCUGCACAUUUACCGGGUCACUCACUUUUUGUCUGCUGCGCUGACCCUUUUGGUCUGUUCAUGUUACUUUUGACCUCCUCACAAACCGUAGAUUAGAACCAGACCAAGAAUUUGUGAAUAGCCAGACAGCCUUAGAACCAUGUGUGCAUUCAGCGGGAUCAAAUGGACGGGUGACAUCACUGGACCAGCACAUCCAGCGUCGUGUGAUUUGUUGUACGUCGUCAUUUGUAGCCUCUGUACAGGGUAUUUAAUUUUUUUUUUUAAGCUGGUGCAUAUUGCGGAUUGUAUUUAUGGACAAAAUUUGUUCAUUACUGCUAAUUUCCCAGACGUGUUAAGCCUAUAGUCCUGAACUAAAAUAUUACUAGUGUUCAUCGAUAGCUAUUUUAGUGUAAGAUUACAUUUAAUGCAUGUAUGGGGAAUUAGCUGGUAAUGUAAAUACUGUAUGUGACUGUGUGUGCAGUCAGAGAUGGGGAAGAAGGGUUUGAAAAUCCAAAAUCCAUGAGAUUUAGUACUGAUGUUUAAAGUCAACAUGAAACCAUAAUUAACCCCAUGGUUUCGCAUAUUGAGAUUCUCUCAGAACAGAAAUUGUGACCUUGUGGUUGUCAGUGGAGUUUAAGGGGAACCACAAUUGACCGCAAACUCAUUUCGAUCUGGCUGUAGUGUUCAUAAACACGCACUAUUUAUGAUUCAACUAUUUCCUGAUGGAUAAGAUAGAUUUAGUUUUGUUCUGAAAUAAUGUAUGUAACAUUACUAAAAUAUAAAGGGUUGUUAUUGUUUCAUGUUGAUCUUUAAGAGUAUGAAAACCGCUUUGAAUGUUUGUUUAGCUAUUUUGCAGUUGACAUGGCUGGCUACAUCACUCUGCUUGUUUAAUUUUCAAUGUGUCAUUUUUGCCUUAAACCAUUUAGCCCUGAAUGCCCAAACUUUUUAUUAGACAGAUCCAUUCAUGUACCCCGAUUGCAUUUAGCCAAAACUGUAAGGCAACAUCUCGAAAUGUUAUCAUAGGUUUUGUGCACACACAAAAAAGUGUAUUGAAGCAGGAGCAAUAUGAUGAUUUUUGCGCAAUAAUUGAUGUUAAAAAUUCACGUAAUAGUGAAGUCUCAUAAAAUGAGGCUAAGAAUCACUGCCACAAUCACAGUAGCCACGUGAUCAUUGCUGUCUGCACAGAUCUCAACUUUCCUUGUGUGUGUCUGUAUCUUCAUAUGCUUCUCCGCAGCAUCAGUCUGCUUCCUCGUCUGAUGUGAUGUAAAUUGUCAUUGUGAAUCAAAUGAAGGAAUUGUGCCUUUCUUGUAAUAUGCCCCUGCUUCUUGUUAGUGAAAUCUUAUAUUUAAAACAGAAAAGAUUUAGCCGUGUCCCCUCACACAGACUGUAAAAAAACACUUGUAUGACACAGGCUUGUGUCAAUUGCACUGUGACUAUGUGCGUGCGUGCGUGUGUGCAUAUCUAUUUAAGAAGAAUUCUCAAAUUCUUCGCGAAUGAAAUUGAUGGGUGAGGUGUAUUAUUGUGUGAUGUAAUUUUGCUCAGCAUUGUUCUUAAGUAGAGCAUUAUUGUGGUGAAAAAAUGCUGCAUUUUCCUCUCAAAAUGAUUAUGAUUGUUGUCGUUGGUGUUCACUGUGAUGUGCCACAAUAUUUGGAAGCCAGGAUCUUAUGUCUGCUGAUCCAGGACCAGGCAAUGUUCAUGUAAAGAUAAACUGAAGUCGAACAGCAGCUCUUUAACCCUCUUUCACCUUGCAGCAAUGACAGCAAUGUUUGUAGUAAUGCUAGCAAGGCUCUUGCUUUGAGAAAUGUUAAAGAAAACUUUUAAAUGGA